CCUUACCCAUUUUCUCUUUCGCACGAAUUCUGUCCUUUCCCGUACGAUUUUUUAAUUCUAUCUACGCUACGCUCGCUAAAAUGUUCACCAAGACCCAGAUUCUCGCCCUCGCUCUGUCGAUUGCUUCCGCUGAGGCCGUCUCCAAGGGCUUCAACUAUGGAGCCAACAAGCCCGAUGGGACCCUCAAGGUCCAGGCCGAUUUCGAGGCUGAAUUCCGUACUGCGAAGAACCUCGAGACCACUUCUGGUUUCAACAGUGCCCGUCUCUACACCAUGAUCCAGGGCACCGGCAGCACCCCGAUCUCCGCUAUUCCCGCCGCCAUCGCUGAAGAGACCACCCUCUUGCUGGGUCUCUGGGCUUCUGGGGGGAACAUGGAUAAUGAGAUUGCCGCCCUCAAGGCGGCUAUCAACCAGUACGGUGACGAGUUCGCCAAGCUUGUCGUCGGUAUCUCUGUCGGCAGCGAGGAUCUCUACCGCAACUCUGAGAUCGGAGUCCAGGCUAAUGCCGGUAUCGGCAUCGAGCCUGAGGAGCUCGUCUCCUACAUCCAGCGCGUUCGCGAGGCCAUCGCCGGCACCGCCUUGAGCGGCGCUCCGAUCGGCCACGUCGACACCUGGAACGCCUGGACCAACGGCUCUAACGCCGCUGUUGCUGAGGCCGUCGACUGGCUCGGCUUUGACGGCUACCCGUUCUUCCAGAACACCAUGCAAAACUCCAUUGAUGACGCCAAGGCUCUUUUCGACGAGUCUGUUCAGAAGACCAAGGCCGUUGCCGGCAACAAGGAGGUCUGGAUCACCGAGACCGGUUGGCCCGUCAGCGGUGACUCGCAGAACCUCGCUAUUGCGUCGGUCGAGAACGCGAAGCAGUUCUGGGACGAGGUCGGCUGUCCUCUUUUCGAUAAUGUCAACACCUGGUGGUACAUCCUCCAGGACGCGUCGGGCUCCUCUGUCCCUAACCCCAGCUUCGGUAUCGUCGGCAACACCCUCAGCACCACUCCUCUCUUCGACCUGAGCUGCUCCGCCAGCUCCAAGAAGAACAGCAGCUCCGCCUCCGCGUCGGCUUCGGGCUCGUCUGCCCAGUCAACCGGUUUCGUCUCCACCACCAAGCCUGCUGCUAGCCCGUCCGGCUCCUCUGGUCUCGGCCACGGCGGCUCCCUCGGCUCCUCUGGCUCGUUCUCUGGAGGCCACUACGCCGGUGUCGGCUCCUCCAGCGUAAUUGCUUCUCCUUCCGCCACUCCUUCCGGCAGCGCUGUCCCUGGCUCCAGCUCGGGCCCUGGCUCUAGCUCUGGAUCCGCCUCGGGCUCUAGCUCUGGCUUUGGCUCUGGCGCUGCUGCCGACUCGACCUCCGGCACCAGCACCUCUGGUGACUCGACUUCCAGCACCUCUGCCACGCCUGCUGACUUCACCGGUGCUGGUAGCCGUCUGUCCGGCUCGAUCUUCGGCGCGGCUAUGCUCGUCGCUGCCCUCGCGGUCGCUCUCUAAAUUCUCUCGACUCGGCUGGUUCUAGCAAGGCGCAUGGGAUAAAUAGGGCAUAGGGUGUAUUUAUAUAACAUACCUUCGUUUCUGUAUCAAUUGAUUUCUUUUCUUUUUCUCUUCUAUAUUCUUGCGCUCUUGCUCAAUUUCGCUCAAUCUCGGUGGCUAAUUCCGCGAGAAGAAAACUAGAAUCAAGGAAAAUA